AUGGUCCGAGCCUGGUACAUGACAGACACGAACGAAGACCAGAGAGAACCUCACAUGUCCGACCCGCCUGUGUUUCUCAGUCGCCAGGAGCUAAAAGACAGAACUGGAGCUGAAUAUUUGCAGUUUGAUGCCGACAGCUGGGAGACAGAUGAAGGCUAUGCUGAGCUAAAGAAGCAGAGAGGCUACACGUAUGAAGAUCUCUGCGAGAUAUCUCGGGAGACUUUACCUAACUAUGAUGAAAGGCUGAAAACCUUCUUCACUGAGCACAUUCAUUCUGAUGAAGAGAUUCGCUUCGUUAUCGAGGGCAGCGGAUAUUUUGACCUCCGCGACAUUGACGAUAAAUGGGUGCGCAUUGAGGUCACCAAGAAUGACCUGCUGAUUGUUCCCGCAGGCAUCUACCACAGAUUUACUCUCGACAGAAAUAACUACAUCAAAGUCAAGCGCUUGUUUGUGGGAGAGCCGGUCUGGACCCCUAUCAAUCGACCAGGAGCAGAUGAACAUCCGGCACGGAAAGAUUAUCUCCAGACUAUGACUAGUGUUGAAAGUUAA